AUGGCGGAACCGCCGGUAGAGGCGGGGGGCGGCGGAGGGGGCGACCCGGCGGUGAGUGAGGCCUGGGGCUCGGGGGUCUCUGGGGUCCGGGGAGCCCGGGCGGGGUCUCGGGCCCUCGAGCGGCAGCGCCUCGAGGCGCUUCUGAACCGCAGCCUGCGGAUCCGAAUGUCGGACGGGAGGACCCUCGUGGGGGCCUUUCUGUGCACGGACCGGCAGAGCAACGUCAUCCUGGGCUCGGCACAGGAGUUCCUCAAGGCCGCGGACGCCUUCCCGGGCAGCGAACCCCGAGUGCUGGGCCUGGCCAUGGUGCCCGGGCACCACAUCGUGUCCAUCGAGGUGGAGCCCCCCUACCCCUGAGGGGGGACCCCCGGGGAUGGAGGGACCCCUGGAUGGACCCCCAGAGCCCUGAAGGACCCCUGGAUGGACCCCCAGAGCCCUGAGGGACCCCUGGAGGGACCCCCAAAGCCAUGAGGGACCCCUGGAUGGACCCCCACGGGACCCCUGAAACCCCCAGGGACCCCUGGAUGGAUCCCCAGUGCCUGAGAAACCCCCACCAGACCCCUGAAACCCCCAAGGACCCCUGGAUGGAUCCCCAACACCCCCAGGGACCCCCAGAUGGACCCCCAAAAUCCUGAUGGAGCCCUGGAUGAAGCCCCUCCCCCCGAGGGACCCCCCGCAUGGAGCCCUGAAACCAACCCUGAGGGACCCCCCAUGCCUGAAGGACCCCCACAUGGACCCCCUACCUGGGAGGGACCCCCAACAUCUGAUGGACCCUCAAAUGGACCCCCAACAACUGAGGGACCCUCAAAUGGACCCCCAAAACCUCGAGGGACCCCCAAAUGGACCCCCAAAACCUCGAGGGACCCCCAAAUGGACCCCCAAAACCUCGAGGGACCCUCAAAUGGACCCCCAACAGCGGGACUUACCCCGAGUGACCCCCGGGCCACAGAGACCCCCAACACGUGAUGGACCCCCCAGAUGGACCCCCCAAGAGUGGGAGGGAACCUCUGGCACCUGAUGGACCCCUCCCCCAGGAGACCCCCCCCUCAAAUCCAUGUGGGGACCGCCCCCCCUCGUGGCUCAGGGGUUGGGGGGGGUCCCCACGGUGCCAUUAAAGCCCCCCCAGCCACGUUGUCCCCGUGUGACUCCUGUGUGUGACCCCCACAUUUGUGUGACAG